AUGCAAAAGAAGAUCAAAACUAUCGGAAUCACGGGAGGAAUUUGCUCUGGCAAAUCCACCAUCAUGAAUCAUCUCAGAGAAUGUAUAGCAGAGCAUGAAAGGCUGCAGCAGAACCAACAACAAGACUCUUCCGAAGUGGAUCAUAUUUCAAAUGCUGUACCGCUGAUUCAUUUUCAUAUCAUUUCAACGGAUGAGCUCGGAUGGAAAGCCUAUGAAGUCGACACUCCAUGUUAUCAUAAAGUGAUUGAAGAAUUUGGACCAUUAGUGAAAGAAAAAUUGGGAGAGGAUCCAUCGGUACUUGUGGAUGCUCAAACGAGGCAAAUUAAUAGGAGGGUAUUGGGAAGAAUUGUGUUUAAAGAUGCAAAAUUAAUGAAAAAAUUGACCGAUAUUGUUUGGCCAGAAAUUAGACGUCUCAUUGAAAUUGAAUUAAAAAAAGCAGUAUCUAAGGCCACAGAAAAUUACAAGGUUGUGUGUUUAAUGGAGGCUGCAGUGUUGGUUGAGGCAGAUUGGCAACAUGGUAUUGAUCAAGUAUGGAUUAUUGAUGUAUCUAAUAUGAAAGAUAGGCUUGAGAGAUUGUGUAAAAGAAAUAACCUGACACCUGAAGAAGCUCAAGAUCGUAUCAAUGCCCAACUUUGCACUUCAGAAAUUCUUCAAAAAUUGAAGGAGCACAAUGAAAAAACAAACGAGCAAGUAGAGUCAGUAUAUGUUGACACGUAUGGCAAAUCUUUGGAACAAGUGAAGGAAAUAGCAAUUGAGUUGUUCAAAACAAAGGUUAUUCAAGAUUGGAAAUAA